GGCCUCGAGCUUCAACUACAUUGCCUCUUUUCUAAUAAUAAUAGUUGUUCAAUCUCUCUUUCAAUUCCUCCUGAAUUACUGUGUACUAUAUUUUAAUCUACGAAAACUAAAACCGCACCUUUUUUGUUGGCCUCCAAUUCCUCAACCCCGCUAUGUCUCCGCCCGCAAUUAUUGCGCCCUCCAUUCUCAGCGCCGACUUUGCAAAGCUCGGCGCCGAAUGCGCAGAUACAAUCGACCGGGGAGCCGAUUGGCUUCACGUCGACAUCAUGGACGGCCAUUUUGUGCCAAACAUGACCUUUGGCGCCCCCGUCGUGACCAAGAUCCGUUCGCAUGUUGCAAAGCCUGCAACGCCGGGAGAGCGGGGCACAUUCGAUUGUCAUAUGAUGAUCGCGGAGCCUCAAAGAUGGGUGUUAGAUUUCAAGAAAGCUGGUUGCGAUCUGUACUGCUUCCACUACGAAGCCGCCAUCGCGAGUACGGCCGCCAAAGAACCCGCUGAUACUCAGACGACUCGAAAAACCUCUCCGCGCGAACUAAUCCGCUACAUCCACGAACAAGGCAUGAAAGCAGGAAUCGCCAUUAAGCCGGACACAAAAGUGGAUGUGCUUUGGGACAUUCUUGAGAACAAGGAAGAAAUUGAACGGCCAGACAUGGUUCUUGUAAUGACGGUCCACCCCGGCUUCGGCGGUCAAAAAUUCAUGGCUUCGGAACUUCCAAAGGUAACGGCCCUGCGUGAGAAAUAUCCCAACCUGAAUAUCGAGGUGGACGGCGGUUUGGGACUUGGAACGAUCGACCAGGCUGCUGAUGCCGGUGCCAACGUAAUUGUUGCUGGCUCGGCUGUAUUUGGCGCCGAAGAUCCGAAGGAAGUAAUUAGUAAGUUGAGAGAGGCCGUUGAGGCAAGACGACGAUAAGUCACUGUUCAUUCUCUACACGCCAACCAUUUUAUUAUGCAUAUGACAAGAAACACACGUAGAUACGAUAGAUAUUCGAAAUGAACAUAAUGGAAGACCUGCAUGAAAAA